CAACUCUGCUGUCCUGGGGCAGAAAUAAUUUGAAGUACUGACAAUUGCAUCGACCAACAAUGGCGGAGGAAAUGGAGGUUUGGGCCUUGACAGAAUGGAAUACACCUCUUCAGAAAAUUCGCCAAUCCGUUCCAAAACCCACAAGAACGGAAAUUCUGGUGAAGGUUACCCACGCUGGUGUUUGUCAUUCAGACCUGCAUUCAGCUGAAGGCUUCUAUGAUAUGGGCGGAGGAAAACGCUUCUACAUCAAAGACCGUGGCAUGAAGUUACCAUUGGUACUUGGCCAUGAGAUAUUAGGAGAAGUUGCUGCUGUUGGACCAGACGCAGGAUCCGUCUCGUUAGGGUCCCGCCAAAUUGUCUAUCCUUGGGUCGGCUGUGGUACUUGUACACGAUGCAUCCAGGAGGAGGAUAACUUAUGCGCUGCACAAAAAGGGCUUGGGACGCUGAAGAAUGGAGGCUUUGCCGAGUAUGUGGUGGUCCCCCAUCCGAAGUACCUAAUCGAUCUGGGCGAUCUCGAUCCUGCGGUGGCAUGUACUUUUGGCUGCUCAGGAAUCACGACCCUCAGCGCAGUCAGCAAGGUCAUGCCUUUGCCACCGAACGAGCCGGUCCUCUUAAUUGGGGCGGGAGGACUGGGGCUCGCUGCCAUAUCGGUACUGAAGGCUUUUGGACACGAAUGCAUCAUCUCUGCGGAUAUAGAUGACAAAAAACUGGUUGCGGCCACCGCAGCCGGCGCAACAAAGACUGUCAACACCUCUGGCCCGUCUGCAGCCAAGGACAUUCUUGCCGCGACGAAUGGACCGGUCAUUGCAGUAAUCGACUUUGUAAACAGCUCGAGCACGGCCAACCUGGUGAAUGGCAUAACUGCCAAAGGAGCCAAGUGGGUGCAAGUUGGAGUGAUGGGAGGUUCAAUCGAAUUGUCUCUCGUAGGCAACAUCUUCAAGGGUCUGACCAUUUAUGCAAACAUCACCGGGAACUUGGAACACCUACGUUCAGUGGUGCAGCUAGCGAAAGAGGGAAAGCUCGCGCCUGUGCCGGUGCAAAGGAUGGACUGGAAUUCAGUGAACGAAGCUUUUGACACCCUUAAAGCCGGAAAGGUUACUGGGCGAAUCGUGCUGGUUAAAUGAUCUGAUCGGUAUAGAUAGGCAUAAUAAUCGACCACGAAGUUGUUCCACCAAUUUAAAGAUCAGCUCCAACGGUACUCGGGAUGCUUGAUGUGACAAAACUGCUAUCUUCUAGAAAAAUCUCUAUGUUGUGGAAGGGAAUCUGAUCAAAUCCAACAAGGAC